AAAUGUGGAAUAUCAAUGGAAUACCUUUAUAAUAAAUAACAAAAAAUAAACAUGGAAAUCAAUCCUUUAAGUAUUAUUCUUGUCAAAAGUGAUAGUAAAGGUGAUAGAAUGUUGUUUAGAUAUCCACAUGCAACAAAUCACCAACGAGAUCCAAGUCAAUGUCUAAAAAGAAAAAAUCCUUAUUCCAUGAUUAUAGCAGAGGACUCAUUGCAGUAGUCUAUUCCAUUUCCAAAUCCAACUAAUGGAAAUCUUACUGGAUUAUCAGAUGAAGUAUUAUCAACAUUGUUUGCUGUAAAACCAGAGCUAUGUGAAUUAAAAUUUGAGCUAAAAGUCAAUGAUGUAAGAUUUGUUGGACAUCCAACAUUACUACCGUCAAGAGGACCAAAAGAAGUUAAUUCUUCUAUGCUUUUUAAUGUAGUUUUUGCACUACAAGCACAAGCUAGUCAUUCUGUAGUAAAAUGUUAUUAUGACUUAAGUAAAAGAUUAGGGAUUGCCUUGAGACAUGAAGAAAAAAGAUGUGGUUUUCUUACUGAAGAAAUCAAAAUAAUGGUAUCAACUCAUGAUGAAGUUGCUGCUAGGUCAGAAGAAGAAAGUGAUUCUGAUGAAACACCUUAUGAAACCAUUUUACAAAAAAGCUCUCUUGCUAGAGAUUUAAAAUCAAUUUUUAAUAGCUUAAGUACUUCAGGAAUUAUCAAUAUCAUGAUAGAUAAAUGGAUACAAGUUAGCUUUUGUUUACCACAAAAAGUACAUCAAACGCAUAAAAAAGGUUUUGUUGUAGAUCCUGAAAUUAUUGAUCGUUGUUUAAAUAGUUUAAGACCAUAUCAUGGUUUACUACUUUUAACCGAACCAGUGGAUCUACUAGACUCAUUACCAACAGAUCAUUCACCUGCUUUAUGUCGUCUUAUACAAAUGUAUAAUCCAUUAAAAAGUUUGCAAACUUUAGCUGCGGAUUCAGAUCUAACUUUAGCUCAAGUUUUUCAGUUAACUGGGCAUUUAGUCUAUUGGGCUAAAGCAACUAUAAUAUACCCUUUAUGCGAAAGCAAUGUUUAUGUUGUAUCACCAGAUACAUUAUUAACAAAUCGUAUGCUAGAAGCAUUUUCCGAACAAUUUUCAGGAAUGUGCUUGUUACAGGUCAUAAGUGAAUUUUCUUUACCAACUUCAAUAAGCCAAAAGUUAAAUCCAUUGAGUCAAUCGCAACAACAAACACAAUUGGUUAAAAUAAUAAUUUGGCUUUUAAAAAAUCACUUACUUCUGCAAUUACAUACAUACAUUCAGUAUAUGCCUACUGUUCAUGGACAUUCAUCAGUUAAAAUUGUAGAUGCUGUAGAUGGUUCUAGUCCUUCAGAUGGAUUGCGAGAUGAUUCUACGAUAACGCUAGAUGAUGGUGUAUGGAGUUUGAAUAAUACACCUAAAGGAACACCUAGUGAUUCUAAAACAGAUAUGUCUUUAGACAAAACAGAAGAAUUAUAUUCAUAUCAAACAGAUGGUUAUCCAUCUGAUGACAUAAUUUUACUUGAAAAACUUUGUCGAAUGGGUUAUUUUAAAGGUGGACAUCACUUGGAAGAAAUAAUGUAUUUAGAAAAUAUUCGUAGAUCCCAAUUACUACAAAUUUUAGAUAAAUUUAGAGAUGUGUUGAUCACAUGUGAAAAUGAAGAUCCAGCAAUGGCUCUUUUUUACUCUCAUCCAGCUUCUCAAUAAUGAAUACAAAAAAUAUUAUCUUUUAUUUAAAGUGUACAUAUG